AUGAUGUCGCACCUCAAAACAAAACAUCCGCUGGAAUACAGCACAACGAUCCGGCAACGACCGUCGACAACGCCACAGGCCCCUAGCCCUCAAUCGACCAUAGCUGAGGCGUUCGCCAGAGGGAAAAAAUACCCGAAAGAUAGCCCCCGAUGGAGAGAACUAACGAAUUCCGUCACCCACUUCAUCGGCAAAGAAAUGUUGCCUUUCUACACAGUGGAGAAGGAAGGAUUUCGGAAGAUGCUUGCUGCUUUCGAUCGGCAAUAUGAGCUGCCAGGGCGCAAGUAUUUUUCCAACACGGCCAUACCAGAGCUCUACAACAAAGUGAGAGGGGAAGUGGCAAGUUUGCUCCGCAGCAUAGAUUUUUUCUCUGCUACCACUGACAUGUGGUCUAGUAAUACGAUGGUUCCAUUUAUGAGCCUAACGGUUCAUUUCAUAACUGAUAACUGGGAACUCAAAAGUCGGUGUCUUCAGACAGCUUUCAUCCCUGACAACCACACAGCCGAGACCCUAAAUGAAGCACUAAGGGCCGGCCUGCGGGAGUGGGACCUGCCAGUUGAAAAGCUGGCAUGUAUCACAACAGACAAUGGAGCGAACAUUGUGAAAGCAGUUAGGGACCUCGGAUGGCCGUGGCUCAACUGUUUUGGCCACAACCUCCAUUUGGCUGUCACUAACUCCGUCAACGACACCCCAAACACUGCACGGGCCAUCGGGAUUUGUCACUCCAUUGUAGCUUGCUUCUCCCACAGCUGGCUCAAGAAGCGUGAUUUGAAGAAAGCCCAAGCGGAUCUGAACUUGCCUACUCAUUCUCUCGUCAAGGACUGUGCGACUCGCUGGGGAUCACAGCAGAAGAUGAUGGAGCGACUGCUGGAGCAGGCCCCAGCUAUUCGGCGCGUCCUUGGUGAGGACAGGAAUCAUUCUCAUCUCUCCCCAUCAUGGCAAGAUAUCCACGUGAUGGAGGCUGUCAACAAGGCCCUCAAGCCUCUGGCGGACUUCACUGAUAUCAUGUCGGGCGAGAAGCACGUGACCGUCUCGUCUCUUCUGCCCAUGAUGCGCCAUCUCGCUGACGAUGUGCUACUGGAAGUACCGGAGGAGGAGGGGAUGACAGCCUCCAUCAAACGCAGUGUCCUGGCCAAGAUGGAGGCCAAGUACGACCGCGACGCGACCCAACAAUUGAUGCGGAACUCUGCACUGUUGGAUCCUCGUUAUCGCGGGGAUCCCAUCAAAGAACAGCAUCUUCAGCACACAAAGGAUCUGGUAAUACAGGAAAUCGCCGACCUUGAAGCCGCCGGACAUUUUCCUCGUGACGAUGUCGGUGCGUCAACUUCAGAAGAUGUCGAACCACCACCACAGAAAAAACGUCGCACGCUGGGGAGCAUCCUGGGCAAAGCUGCUAUCGGUCCAGCACCAGCGGAACUGGCAGCAAUGCCAAUUCGCGAUAGGGUAGAGAGAGAACUCGAACGCUACCUUUUAGUAGAAGUCGUCGGCGGUGAUACAAGUCCGUUGAUUUGGUGGCGGGAACACCAAUCAUCCUUUCCGCUCUUGGCAAAACUUGCCAAGAAAUACCUAUGCAUAUGCGCAACCAGCUCACCGUCAGAGCGAGUGUUCAGUACGGCAGGAAAUGUGGUGACCCCCCAGAGAUCUCUCUUAAAGCCAGAAAAAGUAAACAUGCUUGUUUUCUUAGCUCGCAACUUGUGA